AUGGAUGACCACCCUGCAUGGAAGGCACCGGGCGAGGAUGGAUUACCUGUUAUAGUCUGGAAGAAGGUGUGGCCAGUUGUGAAAUAUGGAGUCCUGGCGUUAUUCCGGGCGUUAUUGGAGGAAGGAGUGUUACCUGACCAAUGGCGACACGCAAAAAUCAUACCCUUGAAGAAACCUGACAAACCCGAGUACACUCUCGCGGAAGCGUGGAGGCCAAUAUCGUUGCUGUCGACGCUGGGCAAGGUGCUGGAAGCCGUACUCGCGGAAAGAUUAUCUCACGCGGUCGAGACAUACGGCCUGCUGCCUACGAACCACUUCGGGGGACGUAAGCAACGGUCGGCAGAGCAAGCCUUGAUGCUCCUGCAAGAGCAAGUAUAUGCGGCCUGGAGAGGACGUCGGGUGCUCAGUCUGAUCAACUUCGACGCCAAAGGAGCAUAUAAUGGUGUCUGUAAAGAGAGACUAAUUCAAAGAAUGAGAGCCAGAGGAAUACCAGAGAAGCUGCUGCGAUGGAUCGAAGCUUUUUGCUCGAACCGCACGGCCGCGAUUAUGGUGAACGGGCAGUGCUCCGACGCUCGAGCGUUACCACAAUCGGGCCUCCCGCAAGGCUCACCGCUCUCCCUCAUUGCGUACUUGUUCCUCAACGCAGACCUGGUUCAGCGACGGAUCGACGCUAACGGAGGAGCCAUAGCGUUUAGUGACGACUUCACGGCCUGGGUCACGGGCCCGACGGGUCACAGCAACCGCGCCGGCAUUGCGUCAAUCAUAGAAAGUGCUAUCGAUUGGGAGAAGAGAAGCGGUGCAACAUUCCAAGUGAAUAAAACAAGCAUCAUCCACUUCACCUGCAGUGACCCAAAAUUUGAUAAGUUACCUGCUGUUGUUGUGACGGUACAAGGGCACGAGCGAGGUCGAGUGCGACUUGGAUAA